UCCCUGCAGCGCACAGUGCAGAGGGACAGCAGCAGAUCCACAUGGUCAGCCACCAGGACUUAGGAACCAUCAUCCAUCAGAUGGCUUUGUAAGACAGCAGGAAAUGGCUUCCACAGGGAGUGGCCUCCGUAUUCAGGGGGAUGAAAACCUUCAGUCGAUGUUGGUGGGGACAGUGAUGAGGAAAAUUAAGUCUCGUACUUGGAAAAAGCAACGAUACUUCAAGCUACAGGAUGACUGCAUGACCAUCUGGUACAAGUCCAAGAAGGCUGGCAAAGUCCACUCCACCUUUUCUGUGAGUGAUGUGGAGGUAGUCCGAGAGGGCCAUCAAAGCGAAGUACUGCUCAGCAUCGCAGAUGAGUUCCCUGCCAACCGAUGCUUCACGGUGGUGUUCCGUGGUCGCAGGGGAAACCUGGACCUGGUGGCCGAGUCAGCUGAGGAGGCCCAGUCCUGGAUCAAGGGCAUCAGGAAGCUGAUUGAGAACCUGGAGAACAUGGGGGAGAGGGAAAAACUUGACCAAUGGAUAGGUGAUUGGUUCAAGAAGGCCGACAAGAACAACGAUGGCAGGAUGAACUUCAAGGAAGUGCGAGAUCUCCUGAGAAUGAUGAAUGUGGACAUGAACGAACACCACGCCCAUCGUCUCUUCACAAUGGCAGAUAAAUCCCAGACCGGUGCCCUGGAAGGCGAUGAGUUUGUCUUGUUCUACAAGAUGUUGACCCAGAGAGAAGACAUUUUGAAAAUCUUCCAGGAGUACUCAUCUGAUGGUCAAAAGCUAUCCCAGAGUGACCUGGAGAACUUCCUGAGAGAGGAGCAGUUGGAGGGGCAUGAUAUCCAGCACCGUGCUCAGGAGCUCAUCGAUCGCUAUGAGCCGUCAGACACAGCCAAGCUACUCAAGGCUAUGACAUUUGAUGGCUUCUUGAUGUACCUCGGCUCAGCUGAGGGCUCUAUCUUCAGCCCGCAGUGCAGGGGCAUCUUUCAAGACAUGAGCCAGCCGCUGUGCCAUUACUUCAUCUCUUCCUCCCACAACACAUAUCUGAUGGAGGACCAGCUCAGAGGACAAAGCAGCGUGGAAGGGUACAUCAGGGCUCUUAAUCGCGGCUGCCGGUGCGUUGAAGUGGACUGUUGGGAUGGUGCCAGCGGAGAACCCAUCGUCUAUCAUGGACAUACGUUCACCUCAAAGAUCCUCUUCAAGGAUGUGGUCAAUGCUGUGGGAAAAUAUGCCUUCAAGGUGUCGGAGUAUCCAGUAAUCCUUUCAAUCGAGAACCACUGCAGCGUCGACCAGCAGCGAGUCAUGGCCCAACACCUCAAGCACGUUCUUGGUGACAAGUUGCUUAAAGGCAUGUUGGAUGGCAGGGCCCCCGUAGGGCUGCCAUCUCCUGAGGAACUCAAGGGGAAGAUUCUUCUGAAGGCAAAAAAAAUUGGUGGUUUAGAGGAAAGCUUCAAUGGGACCAUGGAGGAGUCUCUAACAGGAGAGGUCAGUGAGGAAGACGAGGUGGCAGAAAUAGAUGAAGAUAAUCUACAUCGUGAGAGCAUCCGCCGCAUAAUAAAGAAAUCAAAGCAGCACUUGUCCAAGGAACUGUCCGACUGUGUGGUCUACUGCAAGAGCGUGGCCUUCAGGAGCUUUAAGCACGCCCGCAUCCACUCAAAGUUCUACGAGGUGGCCUCGUUCACAGAGUCCAAAGCCCGCAAACACCUACGAGAGGCUGGGGCAGAGUUUGUGCACCAUAAUUCGAGGCGGCUGACCAGGGUCUAUCCCACCGGCUUCCGAACGGACUCUUCAAAUUUCAAUCCCCAGGAAAUGUGGAACGCCGGGUGCCAAAUAGUUGCACUGAACUUCCAGACUGCCGGAGAGGGCAUGGAUUUAAACGACGGUCUGUUCAGUCAGAACGGCCGCUGUGGCUACGUCCUGAAGCCAGGCUUCAUGAGAGACACCGACAAAAGGUUUGACCCCGACCUGCCUCAGAAACGCGAUGACUACCGACCCAUCGUCCUCACCAUCCAGGUGAUAAGUGGCCAGCAGCUGCCUAAAGUCAACAUUAAAGAGGAUUCUAUAGUGGACCCUCUGGUCAGAGUGGAGAUCCAUGGAGUACUGAUGGACCAGGCCAAACAGGAGACCAGAUACAUCGAGAACAAUGGAUUCAACCCCCUGUGGAAUGACACCCUCCGCUUCACGAUCCACACACCCGAGCUGGCUCUGGUCCGCUUUGUGGUGGAAGACUUUGACAAGACGUCUAAGAAUGACUUUGUGGGGCAGUUUACACUGCCACUAAGCUGCAUGCAGCAAGGUAGGCCACUGAAACGAUCCUUUUUAACAGCCUUUUCAACAGCCUCCUUCUAACUUUCCU